AAGGUCGAGAGAAAGUAAAACGGGGUGAAAAUGUAGAAACAAAUUGAGAAAUCACGCAUUCAUUUUGAUCAUGAUGGAAGAACAUCAAAGACUCAUUAACAAUGCAGAUGAUGGAUCUUUAGGUGAAUCAGAAGAAACUGUUUAUGAGGAUGCUAUUAAGCAGACAGGCUAUGGCAAGUUUCACUGGUUGGUCCUCAUUCUUUGUGGGUGGGCUGUAUCAAGUGAUGCCAUUGAGGUUCUCUCUGUGUCCUUCAUGCUGCCAUCAGCAGAAAAAGACCUCAAGAUGUCCUCUGAGGACAAAGGAUGGCUUAAUGCAAUUAUUUUUGUUGGUAUGAUGAUAGGGGGUUACUUCUGGGGCUCCCUAGCAGAUCACCAUGGUCGUCGUACCAUUUUGUUAGGCUCGCUGACUGUGAAUGGACUCGGAGGACUAGUCUCUAGUACAUCUCAGGUCUUCUGGCUCUUCCUUUUAGCCAGAUUCAUUAGUGGUAUAGGGGUAGGAGGAAGCAUUCCUGUGAUAUUUUCAUACUUCACUGAAUUCCAGCCAAAAGACAAGCGAGGGAGAAUGAUCAGUGCCUUAGCCACAUUCUGGAUGUUUGGCAACAUCAUUGCAGCAGGACUGGCCUGGUCAGUUAUACCUUUAGAUAUAGGAUACACCAGUCCUAGCUUUAAAUACAAUAGCUGGAGAAUAUUUGUCGCCCUUUGUACCAUUCCUAGUCUCUCCUCUGCUGUGUUCUUCAUCUUCAUGCCUGAAAGUCCAAAGUUCCUACUCACAGUUGGACAAGACAAAAAGGCUUUAGCUAUACUUAAAUUAAUACACAAGAAAAAUAACCCAAUAUCAUCAACAUAUCGUGUAACCACAGUUGUAUUAGAUCGAGAUUACAAACCAGUGCAUAACUCUAGCCAUUCUACAGGCUGUACUGCAGGAAUGUCAAAAAAUCUCCAAAAUCUAAUGUCUACCUCAAAAGAGCUAUUUAAGCCUCCACUGCUCCGAUUGUCUAUCAUUAUGAUCAUCAUCAACUUCUCAUUGAGUUUUGGAUACUAUGGUCUGUGGAUGUGGUUUCCUGAAUUGUUCAGUCGGGUGGAGAAAUAUGGGGGAUCUCCAUGUGACCAUCAUGUGACAGUUCCUAACAAAACCACCAACACCACAGAUUUCCUCGGGUCAGAGUGGAUUUAUUUCUCCGGAUUUAUGACAGCAGUCUCCAAUCUGCCUGGGAAUCUUCUGACUAUCUUUCUCAUGGAUCAGCUUGGAAGAAAGCUCCUACUAGCUACAAGUAUGGUGAGUUCUGGAGUUAGUGUAUUCUUUAUUCCACUAGUCAGAAAUAAAUGGGAGAAUCUGGGAAUCUCCUGCCUGUUUGGAGCUGUAUCAACCAUAGGCUGGAACUCCCUAGAUGUACUGUCCACAGAACUGUUUCCAACCAAUGUUAGGUCUACAGCAAUGGGUAUACAGACAGGUGUUGGUAGACUGGCAGCCAUUUUUGGGAAUGUGAUCUUUGGUGAGCUAGUAGAUGUCCACUGCUCUAUCCCUAUGAUUAUUGUGUCUGGGUUACUGGUAUUUGGGGGGUUGUGUUCAAUUCGCCUCCCCAGCACUGUAAGAGUGGAUAUUCACUGAAACUGUCAUCUUAUAUGUCUGUGUGUACUAUCUCUUUCGCACAAUGUGACCAAAGUGAUGUCAUUCUUUUGCUCAAACUUUGUAAUUUUGUUGAACAUUUAAAAUUUGAUAGAAUGUGU